AUGACGAGCCGCCGGAGCCAGUGGAUGGGCGCGCCAUCGCCGACGGCGUUCAAACUGGACCACGUCCUCGUCGCCAUCGUCCAGUGCUUGGAAGCGCCGAUCGACGUCAAGGCCUUCCUGUCGGCGCUCCCAGCCUCGGCGCGGAGUCCGCCGCUGGCCGCGCUCCUCCAGCUGCUGCAACGCCCGCUGGACGCUGUGAUCUCGUACCGGCAUUACACCGAGCACGAGGCCGUCGAGCAUUUGUGGCCCAUGCUCAAGCUGGCCGAGCUCGCGCCCACUGGCGCACGCCUCGCGCGCGAUGCACUGCCCGUCGUGACCGCGGCCAUGGUGUUCGGCGUGCCGAUGGAUCCCGCCGGCUUGGAGGCGCUUCAAGCAUGGAGCAAGAAGGUCAUCCAUUAUACCCACCCGCACGUACUGAUCAAUAUCCCGCUUCCACGCCUCUGCAGCGUCCUGCGCGAGUGCAUCAAGCUCCAGAGCUUUGACGCUCGCAACGUCUCGGGCGACGCAUCGCCCCUGGACGCCGUCACGACGCCCGCGCACCGCCUCAGCUUUCUCGCGAUCAACUGCCCGGCGCGCGAGGCCGCCAAGAUCUCGGCCAUCGGGCGUUGGCUCGAUUCCGCGUACGCCGAGACAUUGGUCGUGUCGUUCUUUGCAUCGGACGACCCGAGAGACCACGACGCGCUGUCGCUCAUGCUGCCCAAGACGGUCGCGCUCUCGACCCUCGACAUGUGUCUCAAAAUGCCGGGGCUCCUUGCCCCGCUCGUGGCUGUCGCGCCCUCGUUCACGCGUCUGACCCGCUUGCGCAUCAAGCUUGCGCAUGCGUCCGACAUGCCGGUGCUCGUGCAGCUGCUGACAUGCCUCGACGGCCAGCGCCUCACGAUGCUACACAUUACAUGUCCUCACUACGAGUACGUCAACUUUGGCGUGCUCCUCGAUGUGCUGCCGUCGUUCCCGGUGCUCGAAGACCUGAGCCUCGCGCGCGGUUCCUUCGCCGUCGAUGCCAUGGCCCCCACGGCGCGACUGCCAUCGACGCUUCGCCGUGUAGCAUUUACCAGUAUCUCGUUCGACGGACCGGCGUGGAACGCCUUUGCAGCGGGCUUGUCCAGCGCGUAUGAGCUCGAAUCAUUGACGUGGCUCGAGUGCAAGCUUUCCACAGCGAUUACCGACGCUAUCAUGACGACUCUGCCCGACUGGAUCCGCCGAGGCAUCCAAAGCAUCGCCAUGCACAAGUGCGACGUUAGCAACGAGUCCAUUAUGCGGCUGGCAGCGGCGCUUCCGCAUACGACGAGCCGGCUCGGCGCCGCAUUCGAUAUCGUGGACGAGUACGAACUGUCUGGACCGUGCUACAUUGCAGUGGACCAAGCGCUCACGACUUCCGAGGCAGCCGUGCCGGUGCUGCGCCAGUACAAUUACCGGUAUGAAUACGUCGCGGGUCGUCGAAGCCUCGUACUCGAGAGCCCGGCGUGA